AUGAUCAUGAUGAUGAUCAUCAUCUUCAUGAUUUUGAAUUUCAUGAUCCUCGUUGACAUGAUUAUCAUCAUUGCCAUCAUCAUCAUCAUCAUCAUCAUCAUCACCACCAUCACCAUCACCAUGAUGAUUAUCUUUAUGACCUCCUCGCUCUACUUUCUCCCUCCUGUCCCUCUGCGCCAUGCGGCGGGUGUUCGGGGCAUGGUCGCUGCGGCGGUCUUGUAUGCGUGUGUGCGCAUGGCUUUUAUGGCCCCGACUGUCAGCACGUCUGCCCUGGAGGACAAGCUGCACCAUGCUCGCUGCGCGGCAGCUGCAACCCGGCAGACGGGAGAUGUGCGUGCUGGGCUGGCUAUGGAGGCGUUGACUGCAGUCGCGAUUGUCCCGGAGGUCACGGAAAGCCUUGCAGCGGCCAUGGAUCUAAGCAUGCUGCCUCGCAAGAAGCAAGCCCAUCAAGAGAUGGAGUGCAUGUGGUGGACAGAGUCUCAAGAUGUAGAGUAUUCCAUGACCAUCUCCUCAAGUUCUUCGACGUCUUUCACAUCCGUUCUCACUGCAAGGAGGAGGGAAUGGCGAGGAUCAAAGUGCUGCAGCCAAGUGCAGAAGCAAACGGCACAACUUUCGAGUUUUUUUGGGACCAUCAGUGCACGGGCUCAACUUGGGAGCCGUGGCUUCAUCGUUGUGAACCUCCUUGUGCUCGUGGCAAGUGCGAGCGGGGACGCUGCCGCUGCAACGAGAGGAGCGGCUUCUGGGGCAGGACCUGCAGCCGUGUGUGCCCCGGAGGACACGUCAGCCCGUGCAGUGGACAUGGAGACUGCAACCCGCAGACAGGGCGAUGCGCAUGCUAUGGAAACUUCUCGGGAAUCGCUUGCGAGCUCAUGCCGGCAGCUUGCAACGGCUCUUGCACCAGUGCAAGGGAUUGUCCCGGCAGCUGCGGAUGGAGAGGAAUUUGCAACAGGACGAGCGGACGAUGUUCCUGCUCGGGGUCCCUCCUAG